UUCCGUAGCUGCAACAUCCCCUCACGCAUACACACAAACCACAGUCUACACUACAGUUUAAGUGUAAUUUUUCCACCAGUUUCGUUUUUUAGAAAAUAUCAAACGCGAAUAUUAAAUGCGAAACAGCUUCUUCUGCAGCCGGAAACGAAAGAGAAACAGAGUAUUUAUUAUAUUUAUUACCGCUUUAAGUAAUUUUACGCUGCAUUAAUUUGUCAUUUACGUUUAGCUACAUUGGUCUGUCAAUUUUGAAAUACUAUUGCUAUAUGUCAUACCAUAAAGAGAGAAUACUGCAGGGUUUUACUUGCUAGGAACAACAAACAUAUCUGCAGAUUAGGAAGUAAGUAUUGUUCGGCAUAAUCGUUUUAUACAGUGUUUGAAUUGGCGAAGAAGAGUGGAUUUUUAUUAGCGAUAGCCACUAAUGAAAACGGAAACGUCUUUGCGGGAAAACAUUGUGAUCUUGGGGCGGUAAUGUAGCCCCUCUUCUGCGUAACAUAGAUACUGCUUUAAGUGUUACUGUUGCGACUUUACAGCGGGUUGUAGCUAACAGUAGCUUGUGUCGAAAUAAAAAGAGGAAAUUCCGGUCGUCGAGUUGCCUACAUCAGAAAACCAUGAUAUGGUUACACUCAAGUAUGGCGGGUGUUGAUCUGUGAAUUGCUAUGAUAAACCAAUAGAAGUAGGAGGGAGCGGGGUUAUUAUGAGAUAUUUGCACUUUAGCUACAGUACAAAACAACAAAUAAUUUAAUGGGGAGUGUUGUUUAACCUCUCGCAGCUAAACACAAAGGAAAUGUAUACACAGAUCAGGAAUAAUGACGUGAUAUUUUGGCGGAUUUUUGCAGAAAUUAUGGUUGCACCCGAAAUCAAAAAUGAAAUAAAACAAAUAGACUCAGAUAAUUAUAAAGCGGACACUACGCGUAGUAGUGAUUUCUCAUUAAAAUCCCUUCGCGGUUUCUUUCUCUACUACCAUUUGUAAAUGCACAGCAUCUGUAAAUGCGUGUGUAUUAAUCCGAAAUAAAGGAAAACGGCAACCCAGGAAAAGGUCAGAAGACGAACACAUUCGUAAUAUAUUUAAGGCAAGUGCUUGUAACAUGUCGGGGGACAGCUCGGGAAGCAGUGGGGAGGAUUCUGGCGAAGAGGUCCGGGAUAAGACCUACACUGUCAAACACCAACUCACUAACGCUAAUCUUACCGGACACUCUGAGAAGGUGGGAAUGGAGAACUUUGAACUGCUCAAGGUUCUGGGGACUGGAGCCUAUGGGAAAGUGUUCCUGGUGAGGAAGACCAGCGGUCACGAUGAAGGGAAACUGUACGCCAUGAAGGUGCUGAAGAAGGCGGCCAUCGUGCAGAAGGCGAAGACGGCCGAGCACACGCGCACGGAGAGGCAGGUGCUGGAGCACAUCCGCCAGUCGCCCUUCCUGGUCACGCUGCACUACGCCUUCCAGACGCACGCCAAGCUGCACCUCAUCCUGGACUAUGUGAGUGGAGGGGAAAUGUUCACCCACCUGUAUCAGCGCGACCACUUUGCGGAGGAUGAGGUGCGAAUAUAUAUUGGGGAGAUCAUCCUGGCACUGGAGCACCUGCACAAGCUUGGCAUCAUCUACCGGGACAUCAAAUUAGAGAACAUCUUGCUGGACAGCGAGGGGCAUGUGGUGCUGACGGAUUUUGGCCUGAGCAAAGAGUUUCUUGACGAGGAGAAGGAGAGGACGUACUCAUUUUGUGGCACAAUCGAGUACAUGGCUCCGGAGAUCAUUCGGGGGAAGUCUGGCCAUGGGAAGUCGGUGGACUGGUGGAGUUUAGGGAUCCUCAUGUUUGAGUUUCUGACGGGGGCCUCCCCGUUCACACUGGAGGGGGAGAAGAACUCGCAAUCUGAGGUGUCCAGACGUAUCCUGCGCUGUGACCCCCCGUUCCCUCCCGAAAUCAGCCCCCUGGCCCGGGACCUGCUGAGGAAGCUGCUGGUGAAGGACCCCCGCAAGAGGCUGGGCUCGGGGCCCCGCGGGGCCGAUGACAUCAAGGGCCACCCCUUCUUCAAGGGCAUGAGCUGGGCGGACCUGGCCGAGAGGAAGCUGGAGGCUCCGUUUCGACCCGAGCUGCGCAACGAGCUGGACGUGGGGAACUUCGCCGAGGAGUUCACCGGCAUGGAGCCCGUCUACUCCCCCGCCAGCACCCCCCCGAGCACCGACCGGCUGUUCCAGGGCUACUCCUUUAUUGCCCCUUCCAUUCUGUUCAACCAGAAUGCGGUGAUGGGGGACUUCCUGGAGUCCCAGAUGAGCCCAGACCGGCCGGGGUCUGCCAGCGUGGAGCGUAGCGCAAUGCUAAAGGACUCCCAGGUCUUCCAGCAGUACGAGCUGUGCCUGCAGGAGCCGCCGCUGGGGGAGGGGAGCUUCUCCGUCUGCAGGAAGUGCCGACACAAGCAGACGGGGCAGGAGUACGCCGUCAAGAUCGUUAGCCGCAGGAUGGAGGUGAACACCCAGAGGGAGAUCGCAGCACUCAGACAGUGCGAGGCGCACCCCAAUAUAGUCAACCUGCAUGAGGUCUACCACGACCAGUACCACACCUACCUGGUGAUGGAGCUGUUGCGCGGGGGAGAGCUGCUGGAGCGGAUCAAGAGGAAGAAGCUGUUCGCCGAGGGGGAGGCCAGCCAGCUGAUGAGGAGCCUGGUGUCGGCCGUCAGCUUCAUGCACGACGCCGGGGUGGUGCACCGAGACCUGAAGCCCGAGAAUGUUCUCUUUGCGAGCGAGGGGGAGGACGCGGUGCUGAAGGUGAUCGAUUUUGGGUUUGCGCGCCUGUGUCCCGCGGGCAGCGCCCCCCUGCAGACCCCCUGCUUCACCCUGCAGUACGCCGCCCCCGAGCUCUUCCACAGCGCAGGCUACGACCAGGCCUGCGACCUCUGGAGCCUGGGAGUCAUUCUGUACACCAUGCUGAGUGGACAAGUGCCCUUCCAAAGUGAACCAAAAGGGAUAACGACGUCCCAUGCCGCUGACAUCAUGCACAAGAUCAAGGAAGGAGACUUCUCAUUGGAUGGGGAGGCCUGGAGGGGCGUGUCCGAGGAGGCCAAGGAGUUAGUGAGAGGCCUGCUGACCGUGGACCCUGAGAAGCGGCUCAAGCUCUCGGCCCUGCGGGAGAACGAGUGGCUCCAGGGUGGGGGGGCGCUCUCGUCCACCCCCCUGCGCACGCCCGACGUGCUGGAGUCCUGCGGCCCCACCGUCCGCACCUACGUCAACGCCACGUUCAAGGCCUUCAAUAAGGGGAAGAGAGAGGGCUUCUUCCUCAAGAGCGUGGACAACGCCCCGCUGGCCAAGAGACGCAAGCUGAAGAUGACCAGCACUGGAGUGGAGACCCGACGCAGCUCUUCCUCCUCCUCUUCCUCCUCGUCCUCAUCGUCGGUCCCUGCGCACCCUCCUCCUCCCCCUCCACCGCCUCCAGCCAAUCCCAAGGCGCACCCCGCACCCAACUCUGAGCCCAAAGCGCAGAGCUAGGCCUAGACUGAACCCGCCAAGCCCUCUCACACACACACCGCCGCACGCCCUUUGAGAGAGAGAGAGAGAGAGAGAGAGGGAGAGCAGAGACGCACAGACACAGCCAGCGGCUGACUGACUGGAGAUGAGAAGCCAUAGAGGGGACAGGGGACUGAGUUUUGGAAUCCGCACCCAAUCUAAUGUAAGGUAGAUCAAACACCCCAAAUCCCCCAGAGAACCCAGUGGAGACUUUCUGACCCAGUCCUAUUCAGCCCUGGUCCUGGAAGGCCUCUGUCCACACCUGUCCGUACCUGUCCCGUUCUGCACCUGGAACCAGGCUAGCUGGAGCUCGGGCUGGAGCACACACUGAAUUCUGCCAUCGCACAGUUACAAGUACUGCCUGGACUUUGUUCCACAGCUGAGGUCAAAGCUUUCGGCUCCUAAAUAAACUUUUGGUUAUUCUCUGUGAUCAAAAUUGGGAACGCCCCCCGUUCUCCCUUAUGAGGUCACUUCCCGAGUUUUUUUUUUUUUUUUUUUUUUUUUUUUUUGAAGUGGCCCCGCCAACAGAAGCAAUGUGAUUAUACAGCCGGCUGGCUCGGUCCACGGCUCUCUUAGUUAAAUGGGCAGUCAGCGUCAGUCAUGUUGGUGGGGGGGGGGAGGGGGCGGAGCUACUCGCGCUCCUGAUGGGAACCCGCUCAGAAGUUUAACUGAAAAGGGCUGGCCUGGUUCCAGCUGUGCGGUUGAAUAAAGGAGGAGGGGGGUGGGGGGCAGGGCUGCUCGGUCCUCCCCUCCUAAUGACCGCGAGGAGCCUGGAGCUGCACUGCACUUUAGGGCCCACAGGGGGCAGGCUUGAGCUAGGCUGCCCUGAGCCAAGCGCGAGUGAUCAAUAGUGCAACGUGCCUCACCCUGGAGCUGAGAGUUUCUCCCACCAAAGAGGCUCAUCACCCCCCACCCCCCCCCCCCAGAACAGGCCUUUUAAAUACUACAUAUAACCCAGAGGAGUCUUCACAGCAGCCUGAAAGGUAUGAGGUGUGCCAGUAGAGAAAGCACCCCAAAAACAGCCCCCCCCCCCCCAACUUGAGCCAAAGUGUCUUUUCAGAGCCCUCUCCACUGUGAUUGUUCCCUAAGGAAACGUGGCUCAGUGGCACCCGGAAGGGCUUACGAUCGCACUGCAGUGAAUCUCACUCUCCUCCACUGGAGACCAAAAAGAUGUCUCAUCACCAUUCACUCUGAGGGUAAAACCAGCCAUUCCAGCAAAGGAUAUAAAUAUUUGAUCACAUAUUUAAUUUCACUUGAGGUAAAUGUUUUUUCAUUUUUAUUUUUAUUUUUUUUAAAGACGCAGGAUCCAAACACUGAUCGUUGCUACGGAGACUGCGGGUGUUCUCCUAGGCGUGGCAUUAAGUUACUUUAAGGGAUUUUAUUCCAUGUUCAGAUUUUGGCCUCACGCGUCUGGGCCCCCCGACACCCCCCACUCUGAGCCACAUUUGGUGCAGAUUGUUCCCAGUAAUAACUUGAGAUCUCGAUGCAGAAACUGUGAAAGAGCGGAGAUUCACAGUUCUGUAGUGGAGUCACGGCUUCAGUGGGAUCAGGGAAAGACCAGAGCACUGAUGCACAAAUCUUUCUUUAAAUGAAUUCUUGAUUCUUGUUUUUUUUUUUUUUUUUUUUUUUUUGCUUUGGAAAUUGCAGCACAUUAUUUAAUGAUUUCACCUUUUUAGCUUUAAACACACAGGACAUUUCCUUUGAUGUUUUUAUGGAUUUUUUGGGGAUAUUUUCUGCUGAAUUAAUAUAAUAAUUUCUGUCGCUGUAAUGGGUUUUCCAAAUAUAUAUAGAUCAUUGAGAGGAAUGAAACACCCUUUAUACUGUGUGAGGAACUGGAUAAGAUAAAAGUGGCAGUGUUUUUUUACAUUGUCCUUGUGCUGGGUGAAGAUUUAUUGCUGUAACAUUGCAAAAAAAAACAAAAAACUGAAAACUAAAACAAACAAAAAAAAAAAACCAGCAGACAUGCAUGAUUUAGUCACACCUGCCACACAGCUCAAAAUGGAAGGCUCAUUACAAUAACUACCGCAUUCAAUUCUUUGAACUAUUUCUGUCACAUUUUAUAUCAUAUUUUGUCUUCAGUUAAAGCACCAGAUCCAAUGGAAUGUAUUUGAUUUAUUGAUUUGUUAUUAAUAUGCCAGUCAUUUUCAGUUUGGUUGUUUUCUUUUGUUUUUUUGCUGUUAGUUUUGUCUGUAAUAAUACUUAGUUGCAUAUUUUAAAUGUUUUUAAAUGUCGUGAUCGUUUAGGAGGAAAUGUAUUGCAAGAGAAACACAUCAGUUGUGUUUUAUGAACAGCCAAAAAGGUUUUGUUAAAUUAAAUCAUCAUAUACAGAAUUGCAUUGAAUUGCGAUAAUUAAAUGAUGUUAAAUGCCUUUUGUUAUUUUGCAUCAAGAACUUUUAAUAUCAGAACUUUAAUAUAAUGUCACGUUGGGUCUAUCUGAUAUGUUAUUGAUGUAUUAAGUAUUUUAACCAAAAAUGGAGAAAAAAAUUAAAAUGUUUGGGUAAUUUUUUAAAUAUUUUGUCUGCCUCCAUUGUUAGAAAGCAAUUGUUAUUAGUUUGAAUCUCUUUUGUUUGGGCAUGCUGAGUUCAUGCAGUAUUAUACUCUGUGAAGAUGCUUUGUUAAGGAAUAUUUCAUGGUAUUUUUGUUCGGUGAAUUUGCAGAACAGUAAAUGUGAUUCCAAUCAGAACAGGUAACAUUUAACAAACUCUUCAAUUAACAUUUAUAAGGCUGUUUGAAACAAUGCUUGAAUCCUUAUCAGCCUACUAAUCUGCCUGGUGAUGAAUAUAUAUUGUCUGAAGUGAAGUUACAAUGUACAAGUCAGCAAGCAAUCUGUAAAAAAAGGAGAAGCCAGGUCAUUGCCUAGUUCAAGUAAAAAGAUGGUAUAUUUCUUAUUUACAUUUCCUGUCUUUUUUGCUUUAUCUGAUCAUUUGUAAGUUUUCAUGUUUUGACAUUUCACACUACUUUCAGCAACAAUUUCCAAUGUUAAAUGGGAUAACUGUUAGCUGAUAGCUGUUUCUUUUUAAAUUAGUUUUCUUUUAACCCUUUCUUAGGCUUGCCUUUUUUUGAAAAUGGAGGGCAAUGUAUUUGCACGCGCUCAGUCAUGAUUAUCUGAGCUGAGAAAUGAAAGUAAAAUCUUUCUGUGGAUCUUCA